UCUAUAACAACGGUGUAAAAAAAAAUCAGUGGCAGAAAUAAAACGGGAACAAGUGCCUGAAAGUGGUUGGAAAGGGUAUUGUAAUCUAAAAAGCGGGAUUUUUUUUAUUUCAUCUCGAUACGUGUUUUGUCACUACUUGAUUCUGGCCUCAAGAGACACUCUGAAAAGAAAAAAAAAUCGAUUGCUACUAUUUUGGAUUUGCGAUUAAAAUCUUUGAAGACUAGACACGAAGAGAUAUUACCACGAAUUUCAUUUUCACCUUGAUCGAAGUAUUCCAAGUUGUCGGCCAUACUCAAACAACCGCCGAGCGAUGAUAAACUCCAAACUGAUCGAAACGUCUUUUAACAAAAAUGUUUGAAUCCUGAAUAUAAUAAAAAUAAAAAAAAUCCAUUGAAAUAAAAAAGUUCUUCAGAUUAUUAAAACAGUAUUGAAGUGCAGCAUUAAAAAAAAUCUUGAUUUUGUUGAUAAUCAAUCGUGUCUCGAGGGUGAACACGUAACGGUUUAAAGCGGUCACCGGACACGCAAAAAUAAUAUGAGCACCAAAGCAUCGGUAAAUCGCCGUGUUUUGGCGAUUCAGGCCAAGAAAAAACGUUAUAAGCAAACAACUAAAAGAAAAGGAAAAAAUCAUACUCAGGGUGAUAGUGAGAACAGUGGUGCAACAUGUUCAAAAACUGCAACACGUCAUUCCACACUCGGUGAGGGUGCACAGGAGGGUGAUGGACAAAGAACGUUUACCACUGACAAUGGAAAUAGGUUGGAACCGAGCCACAGCUCGAGCAAUGAGACCAUCGAGGAUGACGACGAGGUAUACACCAGUGAAGAGGAGGAACAAGAAGACAGUAGUGAUUACUGCAAAGGGGGAUAUCACCCUGUUAAAAUCGGUGAUCUCUUCCUGAACCGUUAUCAUGUAGCAAGGAAAUUGGGCUGGGGUCAUUUUUCAACGGUGUGGCUAUGUUGGGACCUUCAGGAUAAACGGUUCGUGGCAUUAAAGGUUGUGAAAUCAGCAUCGCACUUCACAGAGACUGCACUUGAUGAAAUCAAAUUAUUGAAAGAUGUACGUGAUACAGAUCCGAAUGAUCCAAAACGCAACAAAACAGUACAACUUCUGAACGAUUUCAAAAUAAGUGGUAUCAAUGGUCUUCACGUCUGUAUGGUAUUCGAAGUACUUGGACACAAUUUGCUUAAAUUAAUAAUAAAAUCAAAUUACCGUGGUAUUCCACGUAAUAAUGUCAAGAGAAUCAUAAGACAGGUCCUAGAGGGUUUGGACUAUCUCCACAAUAAAUGUAAAAUCAUUCACACGGACAUUAAACCAGAGAAUGUGUUGAUUUGCGUUGAUGAGGCAUAUAUAAAGAAAUUGGCAUUCGUUGCAACAGAACUGCAUUCACUUGGUCUUAAGCUUCCAGUUUCCCUGAUAUCAACAGCACCAAAAGAAUUUCAAGAGCCAACGCCGAAUGCAAAGAUGUCCAAAAAUAAGAAGAAAAGAAUGAAGAAGAAACAUAAGAGGCAAAACGAGCUUUUGAAAAAACAGAUGGAGCAGAUACAGGAAAUAGAGGAACAGGCAAAACAUGUUCCUAAUUCAAAUGAAAAUGGUGGAGUGAGUGAGACAAAUAGUCCUGACCAGGAUCCCAAUACUGAAAGUAUCGAGGAGAACACUGACUCCAAAGAAUCACCGGAUAUUUCAGAUCCUGCACCGCCACACGUUAAUGGAGUUGAUUCACUAGCUGGUAGUGAUAAAAUGGAUAAUCAGUCGGCUGAAGAUGAGACAAAGAAUGAAGAUGUCACUCCCUGUGAAGUGGACAAAGCCUCUAGUGAGGGAGUCGCUCUAUCUGACCCGGAAAUUCAUGAAGGAUCGAAUGAAGAACUGCACUUGGAUAUACCGGAUAUGAAACCAUCGAAGAAGCCCUCUGUUGCUCCUCUUGAUCCUGCACUUGUCGAUUGUGAAGUUGAAGUUAAAAUUGCUGAUCUUGGGAAUGCCUGUUGGGUUCAUAAAAAAUUCACCGAGGAUAUUCAGACAAGGCAGUACAGAUCGCUCGAGGUUUUACUUGGUGCUGGAUAUAAUACAUCUGCUGAUAUCUGGUCGACAGCGUGUAUGGCCUUCGAGUUAGCUACUGGAGAUUAUCUUUUUGAGCCUCAUAGCGGUGCUGAUUAUUCGAGGGACGAAGAUCAUUUGGCUCAUAUAAUUGAACUACUCGGUGAAAUUCCUCGUAGAAUCGCGCUAUCCGGCAAGUAUUCGAAGGCAUUUUUUACUAAAAAGGGGGAACUCAAACACAUCACGGGUUUGAAGCCAUGGGGCCUGUACGAAGUACUUACUGAGAAAUAUGAGUGGUCACCGAGUGAAGCCCGAGAAUUUGCCGAGUUUCUAACUCCAAUGCUUGAGUUUGAUCCAACUACGCGUGCUACUGCUGCCGAGUGCCUCAAGCAUCCAUGGUUACAGAUCAAGUGAAUUUCACAUGCACCCGUCAUCUCCUCCCCACCCUCUUUUUUUAUUCCAUGUUCUAAUUGACACAUCAUAAACUAAAAUCCUUAAUUUUCAUUGAAUCUACAUCGACGCUCCUGCAGUGCCCGCCGAUAUACUCGCGCAAUUAAUAGCGAGUGUUAAGGAAUUACAAGGUUUGGUAUCAUCAAUAUAAUAAAGAGAAAUCACCAUCAAAUGAAUUAUCAGAACAAACAAUCUGGUAUUUGAAAAUAUUUGGGAAGCGCUCUUAUGAUUUAUGUAUGUUUAACAUAACUAUCAUUUGACGGAUCUUUAGCACAAUUUUAAUUUCAAUUUAAAGAUCAAGUCCUGAAAGGAUAUAAAACAAACUUGACACUCCAAAUAAUUUUUUCCUCACACUCGCGCCCCGUCUCAUUGUUAAUUCGUGUAAUUUAUUGUAACUUUAUUUUUCCCAUUUUUUGUUGAACCGUACUGUUAUUGAUUUCUCCAUUCACCAUUCUCUUUCCUUGUAUGAUUGCAGAUGACAACUUAAAUUAAAUUGAAGAGAAGCGUUAUCGAGAAGCCAAAAGUUUUUUGAAAAAUUUGUCGCGAGAAUCGUCCUUUUUGUACGUAAAAAGAAGUCUCAUAUGAGAUCUCAACGAGGAAAUCUUUUUUAUUAAUACUCAGAUUAAAUGAUUAGAAUUGGGCCAUGCUGCGCGUGCCCACGGAAGAUCUGAAUAAGAUUUCGUUGUAAAAUCAAAUCUAUUUCAUUGACACAGUAAAAUCAUAAUUUUGGCGAGUCCUUGAGAAGUUAUUUUCUCCCCCAGUGAAUCGUUUCGAAGAUUUUUUUAUAAUGCCUCAUUCCUUUUCAUGUUAUAAGUAACAGCUAGAAUAAACUUCUCAAUUUAUUGUACAUAAAGUAUGAGAUCAGAGAAAUUCAUGCGAUUGAGCAUUUAAUUUCCAGUGAUCAGUUGGUUGUUUUCAAUACAUCAUUAUACUCUCGCAUGGAUCUCAAUUGAUCAAGGACUUAUUUGUAGUUUACAAACGAUCAUUGCAGAUCAGAAGUGAAUAUAAUUGUACAAUUAAUCAAGGAACCGAAAAACUAACCGAAUGAAAAAGAUUGAAAUAAUGUUAUUACGUAAAAAUGUUAAUGACACGCUGCGAAUUAGUUUAAUUAAGUGAUUAGGAUGAGUAAAAAAUUGUAGCUCAAUGUCCAGAACGUAAUUUUUGUCUCAUAUCGUAUGGAAUAGCCAUCUAAAAAAUCCAAUAAUACGUGCAAGACAUGAAGUAACCCUUUUUUAGCCCAAAAAAUGAAUUAUAGUUGGGGAGAAGGAGAUUUGUCACCGAUUUUUCAGGCCGAGACAAUAUGGCUAGAGUGAACUGCAAAUGUGUCCAGAAUAUAAAACAAGUCAAUCAAUGUUGACAUUGCGUGUCUCCACCAAGCUUUUUUUGAUGUCAUUGACUCGGUAAAAGGAAACAAUGCGACCGGUAGGAGUAGUUUUUAUUAUUGUUAGUUCUAGAAUGUGAAGGAAACCUUGGUAUUGAUUCAAUUUCAGAAUCACGCAAGGUAGAUAAGAGUCGACCAGAAAUAUUCGGAGACCUGGAGUGCGUGUAAAUCAACCAAUUGACAGAAUUGAAUAUUGUAGACGAAAAAAAGAUAUAAAAAAUAAUACAAUAGAAUUGGUAUUAAUCUGCAUGCUUAGCUGAAAGCUCAUUUUUUCGGCAAUUAGUAGCGAUAUGCCGCAAUAACGAAGAUAAAUGAUGGGAAAUUAUCAAGAAAGAAUGAAGCCUCUAUUAUUAUUCCCUCAAGUGAGAAACUCGGUAAAACAGUGAAGAAUUAAAGUGAUCUCCUCAUGGUUUUUUUUUGCCGAAUGAAAUGAGCGAAAGCACUAUGUGAAUGGACUACAAAAAUAUUUACUUGAAUGGACUGGAGCAUCGGAAAAUUGUGAAGAUUUAUACACGCAGACAUGCCCAGACAAUAUUCAAAUAAAAACCAAAACGAAGGAAGCGAAAAUUCUAACAAAAAAAAAACAUUAAUCAUUUACUACCAAUGUGUAUAUCUUUUCAGUCUUUCCACAUUUUGCAAUUGAUAACGUUUGCUAAACAACCAAUACCGAAGAGUGUUCACUUUUUCUAGGCAAUUCAAAUACUAACGAAUUAUCCUGGUUAAAAUGUGAAAAUCCAGGGAAGUGGGGAAAUAAAAAUGAAAGGAUACAAAUUUUUUCGAGCAUUAUCCAAUGCCGAAAAAAACCGUGUGCUCCAGUCACUCAAUGUGUGAGGCGAUUGUGGAGUAAAAGUGAAGAGCAAAGGUAAACAAAAUUUGAAAUCUGAAAAAUUGUGUAAUAAACAAAAUGAUAAAUGCUAGUUGCGAAUGAAUAUGCUGUCUCCUUGUGCGCCCACCCAUCUACUAUCGGAUUUGUGUACCCAGCAAUAGGAAAAAAAAGAAAAAUAAAUAACAACAGAUACAAAAUCUUCAACAAUUUAUAAGGGAAUAAAUUGACAAGAUUUCUCAAAACUCAAGGGAAGUUUCGUAACAGUAACUCGAGGGGAGAGGAGUAUUGGAACCAAAAGUGCUAACGAAAUCGUAGACUCAGAACAUCCUUAAUCCAUUGCAGCACUGCGAUCACGAGAGGUAUUGGUGUGACGAAAGUGGAGGAUCCGUCUGUAAUUAGUGCGCCAUAAGAGAAGCAUGAUAGCGCUCUCAUACUACUACAAAAAGGGGAAAAGUGGGGAACAGCGACGUGCCACACAAUGGGUUAAAGAGCUAUUAAUCCGUCAGUAGGCGCGCUCGUUCUAUUAUUAUAUCUUAAGGUAUGAUAGAAGCCUCACUCGCACUGCAGAGACGGCUUAGAAGUUGACUAGCGUUGCAUGAGAGAAAAUCUCAUGCGCGCCUAACGACGGCUUAAUCAGAAAUUAGUUGCAAAUGAUCGCCUCCUCAAAAAUUCACAUCUCGCCCCUGAUAAAAUGUAAAGUCAUGAAAAUAAUGGCAUUCGAUUGACAUAGCAUUUAGCACAAUGCAGGGGAGAGUGGCACAAAAUGAAACAGCGGAGCAUAAGGAAAUUGGGGCAAAAUGAAAUUGUCGAAAAUACGACUGUUUGACACAAUUCAAGCAAAAAAAAUUUUUUUUGUCCACUAUUUUUUUUAUAUAUUGUUGUUUAUUAACUUUUUUU